UUAGCUAGCGCUCGCUCUGCUCUCUCUAACGGGGAAACAGCGGACUACAAGAGACUGAACUGCAUCUGCCUCUAUUUCCAACAGACUCACGUUCAACUUUCGCUCACAACAAAAAAAAAAAGCCGGGAAAAUUUUAUUAAUCCUUUUUUUAAAAAAAAAGUUAAUAUAAAAUUAUAGCAAAAAAAAAAAAAAGGAACCUGAACUUUAGUAACACAGCUGGAACAAUCCGCAGCGGCGGCGGCAGCGGCGGGAGAAGAGAUUUAAUUUAGUUGAUUUUCUGUGGUUGUUGGUUGUUCGCUAGUCUCACGGUGAUGGAAGCUGCACAUUUUUUCGAAGGGACCGAAAAGCUGCUGGAGGUUUGGUUCUCCAGGCAGCAGCCCGACGCAAACCAAGGAUCUGGGGAUCUCCGCACCAUCCCGAGAUCCGAGUGGGACAUACUUUUGAAGGAUGUGCAAUGUUCAAUCAUAAGUGUGACAAAAACUGACAAGCAGGAAGCUUAUGUACUCAGUGAGAGUAGCAUGUUUGUCUCCAAGAGACGUUUCAUUUUGAAGACAUGUGGUACCACCCUCUUGCUGAAAGCACUGGUUCCCCUGUUGAAACUUGCUCGGGAUUACAGUGGUUUUGACUCCAUUCAAAGCUUCUUUUAUUCUCGUAAGAAUUUCAUGAAGCCUUCUCACCAAGGGUACCCACACCGGAAUUUCCAGGAAGAAAUAGAGUUUCUCAAUGCAAUUUUCCCAAAUGGAGCAGCAUAUUGUAUGGGACGUAUGAAUUCUGACUGUUGGUACUUGUAUACUUUGGAUUUCCCAGAGAGUCGGGUAAUCAGCCAGCCAGAUCAAACCCUGGAAAUUCUGAUGAGUGAGCUUGACCCAGCAGUUAUGGACCAGUUCUACAUGAAAGAUGGUGUUACUGCAAAGGAUGUCACUCGUGAGAGUGGAAUUCGUGACCUGAUACCAGGUUCUGUCAUUGAUGCCACAAUGUUCAAUCCUUGUGGGUAUUCAAUGAAUGGAAUGAAAUCGGAUGGAACUUAUUGGACUAUUCACAUCACUCCAGAACCAGAAUUUUCUUAUGUUAGCUUUGAAACAAACUUAAGUCAGACCUCCUAUGAUGACCUGAUCAGGAAAGUUGUGGAAGUCUUCAAGCCAGGAAAAUUUGUGACCACCCUGUUUGUAAAUCAGAGUUCUAAAUGUCGCACAGUACUUUCUUCGCCCCAGAAGAUUGAAGGUUUUAAACGUCUUGAUUGCCAGAGUGCUAUGUUCAAUGAUUACAAUUUUGUUUUUACCAGUUUUGCUAAGAAGCAGCAACAACAGCAGAGUUGAUUAAGAAAAAUGAAGAAAAAACGCAAAAAGAGA